GCAUAUUUACGCGCCUUUCUUUCGCGAGUUUUGUUUUUGUUUCGUGAUACUUUGCAAUUCCGCGACUUUUCCACAUUUUCACGCAAAUAAAGAGCAAAGAAAAUGAGUGACCCACUGAGAACCAUUGUUAAUGGUGCUAGUUUGCGCAUUAAUGUUGGCAAACAAGUCAGCAUAAUCGUGAAAGUGGACACAUACGAUAUUCCGGGAACAUUGCUGAAGGGAAUAACAACCGAUGAUGCUACUAUUAAUGUAAAUUUAAGUGCCCCACUGGAGACAAAUCUCCGCAAUAGAUGGGUUGAGGUCAUCGGGCAAGCAUCCCGACCAGAUACAAUCAACAAUGCAGAGGUGAUCAUCUUCCCGGACGAUGGGCAGGAAUUGGACAAGAAAUCCCACAAUAUGAUGAUUCAAUUCCUUUCCAAUGCACCCAAUGUCUACAGCAUUCGAUAAAUAUUGAAUUUUUUGUCAUGAAUUUCUUUGUUUAAUAAAUCCUCUGAGAAACUUC